GUGGCCUCCUGAUAGCAUCUGCUCAUUUUGGUGCAUAUGUUUAUGGGACAGACAUAGACUACAACACAGUUCAUGGCUUGGGAAAGGCCAGUAGGAAAAACCAGAAAUGGAGAGGACCCGAUGAAAACAUCAAGGCAAAUCUUCGCCAAUACGGUUUAGAGAAGUACUACCUUGAUGUCCUGGUCUCAGAUGCAUCUAAGCCUUCCUGGAGGAAGGGCACAUAUUUCGAUGCAAUCAUCACUGAUCCUCCAUAUGGUAUCAGAGAAUCUACAAGAAGAACAGGUUCUCAGAAGGAAAUACCAAAGGGGAUGGAAAAAUGUCCAGAAAGCCACGUUCCUGUUUCCUUGAGUUAUCAUCUGAGCGAUAUGUUUUUUGACCUGUUAAACUUCGCAGCUGAGACCCUGGUCUUUGGUGGACGACUAGUCUAUUGGUUACCAGUCUAUACCCCAGAAUACACUGAGGAGAUGGUACCCUCGCACCCAUGCCUGAAACUCAUUAGCAACUGUGAGCAGAAGCUUUCGAGUCACACAUCAAGGCGCCUGAUCACAAUGGAGAAGGUGAAGGAAUUCGAGAGUCGGGACCAGUAUUCACAUCUGCUAAGUGAACAUUUUCUGCCAUACCAAGGUCAUAAUUCCUUCCGAGAGAAAUAUUUUAGUGGGGUAACAAAAAGAAUUGCCAAAGAAGAAAAAUCCAGUCAGGAGGAAAAUUAAGACUUUGAUGAUGAAGAAAGAAUAAGAGUUUGAGAGAAAAGACAUGUGGAUGUGAACUUUCAUGUAAGAUCCAGAAAACAUGUACAGUUUUAAAUUUUUUUAUAUUAAAAAAUGCUGUAAAUUGAGCAUUGUUUAAAACUUAUCUUUAUUUUGUAGACUUAUUUUUGUUUUAUGUGCUAGAAAGUGUUUUGAACCAAUUAAUUUAUAUUUGUACUUUCGAGUAUAAGUGGAGAUUUACUCAAAACAGUUAUGUUUUUUACAGUUGUUUAUGAAGAUAUGUGAUAUUGUUGACUUUUAAACCUCUGCCAGAUAUGCUUUGGGCAGUCAAUAGUGGGUAAGAAAUUAUUCACUAGGUAGAUUGUCUUAAUCUGGCUUUUUAUUAUAAUUGAUUUACAUUGCCACUAAUAAACUUUACUGAGAAUUUCCAAAAUUAUGUAGUAUUCGGUGCUUUUCAAGGGGAUGUCAGGAGGGAAAUGAAUUUUUGUGUUUAAAUUCCAGACAAGUAAGGAAUAACAGUGAUCAUGGUGAUGAUGAGAAAGGCUAGGACCUGACAACCGAAAAAGAUUCCGAACUCCUUAAGGCCUAUCCACAUCUGAAGCUUGUCUGUACCUUGGAUUUGCUCCUGCAUUCCUAAACCUUGACUGUCGGUCAAGUUAACUACCCACAAUUUUUGGUUUAGAAAGUAACUGAUAGUUAAAAGCAGUAACAACAACACAAAUCCUUGAUGGUUCCCUAAUGGUAUUAAGCCUAAUCAGUGCUCUUUGAAAUAGAAGCUAUAUUUUUCUUGAAGGAGAAAACUUUGCUGAGUCUACAUUGUGUCCAUCAUGAAAAUAUCUUGUUUGAAAACCACUGUGCCCAUUAAUUCAGGAUGUUAAUAGCUUUUCCUGCUUUCAGUGGUCAAAUGUACCUCAGCAGGGCAGCAGUAAAUGGACCUUCUCUCUCUAACCAGAGCCUAUUUUUAUUUAUGUUAUUAUUAUUAUUUUAAUGUUACUGUUGGCUUUUGUGGACUCACAGUAUUAACACUCAUGGCUGAGGACCCCCAAAAGACCGAUGCUGCAUACACAGAACGACCGGGCUGUCUGCCUCGCUGGCUCUCCCUUCCUUGUCUCUCAGCUCUGGAUUUGAGCAGCAGAGCACAGACGUUUCAGUGAUUGUUUUGUUUGGGUUUCUGGAUGUGAUUUGUGGUACACUGGGGAAAAUCUAAAAGUAUUCAAGGAUGAUUUAUUUUCAGUAUUUCUGUUAUAAACCAUCUUAUUUAAAAUUUUUUGAGGUUAUAUGGGGGGGGGUGAGUUUGAAACUUUGUAACUGACUCCAUUUGGAAUAUGAGAUUUUAGCUUAGUCCCCUUUUUGGGUUGUCACAAAAAUUAGUCCAAACAGUUCUGGAAAGCCUACAUUAAUUGUAGUCACUUAAUCCUUUAAAAUUAUCCAAUACUUAAAAAAAAAAGUUCGGAUAAAUAUUACUACUGACUGAGGUCUCCUAAACUUUAAUUCUCAUUGCAAGUCUUAUUUUUCUAUGUAUCAGUCAGCUUAGUUUCCCCAUUUUUGA